GGGUGGCAGGCUGGCUCUAAUUUUCGGGAUAAUCCUAAAACAGACGCUCCAAAGUGGAGUUAGUUAUCCCCUGGCCGUCUUAGUACUCCUCGGGUUUAAUCUUAUUUCCACAGAGUUUCUUCUGCCGGGAUCUCUACCGAGGUUACCGAACAAAAACAGCACAGAGCCCAGGCUGGAGGCAGACCCGGGCGCUGUCUCUGCUGGGCUUAUUUGUUUGGGGUUUUUCUUUCUUUUUUUUAAAGUGAUGGGGGAAGUCUCAUUGUGUGGCAUGUGACAGUUCGUUUGCUUCAAAACAACAGGACGUAACCACGCGAAAACUAGAACCAGAGGAGGGGGCAUGCGUUUCUUUAAAGUCAGCCAAACAGCAUCUGGUCUUUGAAAGGGCAAUUUCAUCAAGAAACUCCUGUUGGAUCCCUCCUAAUGCGGACCAAAAUAAGUCAACAGGAACGGGUGUUUACUUAAUGGCUAGUUUCUGUUUGAAAUACCGGAGGGGAGGAGGGAUCCCCUACGAGGGUUCCAGUCCUAAAAGCAGACACUGUUGACCGAAACAGAUUAGCAGCCACAGCGUGGUCACCCUUUAGCUAUAAAAGUGGCCGCUGCCGGGGUCCGACGACUCGGGGUGUCAGGCGGAGUCUUGGCGAAGCGGGUGCGCGCCCUGCCGUCCCCACCAGGCAGAGACGUUUAAAGAGCAUGUGAGCAUGACAAGUGUCUGUCCGCAACGUGUCAGAUUUCGAAACUGCCUUGCAAUGCAGUCCGGAACUCGCAGCUUUAGCCCGGGGGAACAGACGUUCGCUGAGGCUGUGUCUCAUCAUUCCCCCACCACCACCCCCGCCGACCUCCCACUGUUGCUGCUGGAGGAAGAGCCCCGGGAGGAGAAGGGUGCGCCGCGCCGCGCCCGCGUGUCAAUGGCAGCCGCGCAUUCUGGAAGAAGUAUUGUUGCAGCAUCUGGCAGUGAGACUGAGGAUGAGGACAGCAUGGACAUUCCCUUGGACCUUUCUUCAUCCGCUGGCUCAGGCAAGAGAAGGAGAAGGGGCAACCUCCCCAAGGAGUCAGUGCAGAUUCUUCGGGAUUGGCUGUAUGAGCAUCGCUACAAUGCCUAUCCUUCCGAGCAGGAGAAAGCAUUGCUGUCCCAGCAAACACACCUGUCCACACUACAGGUCUGUAACUGGUUCAUCAACGCCCGCCGCAGGCUCCUCCCUGACAUGCUGAGAAAGGAUGGCAAAGAUCCAAAUCAGUUCACAAUUUCCCGCCGUGGGGCCAAGAUUUCUGAAACGAGCUCUGUGGAGUCCGUGAUGGGCAUCAAAAACUUCAUGCCAGCUCUAGAGGAGACCCCUUUUCAUUCCUGUACAGCUGGGCCAAACCCAACCCUCGGGAGGCCACUGUCUCCCAAGCCGUCGUCCCCGGGAUCAGUUUUAGCUCGUCCAUCGGUGAUCUGCCAUACCACUGUGACUACAUUGAAAGAUGUCCCUUUCUCUCUCUGCCAGUCAGUUGGUGUGGGACACAACACAGAUAUACAGCAGAUAGCGGCCAACAACUUCACAGACACCUCUCUCAUGUACCCAGAGGACACGUGUAAAUCUGGACCAAGUACAAAUACACAGAGUGGUCUUUUCAACACUCCUCCCCCUACUCCACCGGACCUCAACCAGGACUUUAGUGGAUUUCAGCUUCUAGUGGAUGUUGCACUCAAACGGGCUGCAGAGAUGGAGCUUCAGGCAAAACUUACAGCUUAACCCAUUUUCAAGCAAAACAGUUCUCAGAAAUGUCAUGAUUGCCGGGGUGAAGGCAAGAGAUAAAUUGCAUUAUUUUAUAUAUUUUUUAUUAAUAUUUGCACAUGGGAUUGCUAAAACAGCUUCCUGUUACUGAGAUGUCUUCAAUGGAAUACAGUCAUUCCAAGAACUAUAAACUCAAAGCUACUGUAGAAACAAAGGAUUUUCUUUUUUAAAUGUUUCUUGGUAGAUUAUUCAUAAUGUGAGAUGGUUCCCAAUAUCAUGUGAUUUUUUUUUUUCCUCCCCUUCCCCUUUUUUGUUAUUUUUUCAGACUGUGCAAUACUUAGAGAACCUAUAGCAUCUUCUCAUUCCCAUGUGGAACAGGAUGCCCACAUACUGUCUAAUUAAUAAAUUUUCCAUUUUUUUUCAAACAAGUAUGAAUCUAGUUGAUUGAUGCCUUUUUUUCAUGACAAUAAAGUAUUUUCUUUAAAAA